CUUCACCUACAAGAGGGACGCUUUCAUGCAUCAGUGGGAUGGUAAUGCUUGAAUAAGCUUGUGUUUAAAGUGGAAGUUCAUCUGGGAGGGCAGAGGUCUCCCACGGACAUUUCAAGCUCUGAGAAAUGCACUCGCUGACCCCAAUGGCUGUGACACGUGUGUGCAGGUUUUGGAGGCUCGCUUGCUGCUCAGCGUGCACCGAGGCCAUGGCACCGCGGCUCACGGGAAUGGCAUCUCUCUCUCUUGCUGCCCUCGGACUCCUGCUCCUGCUGUCAGCUAUCCCUGCUGAUGCCGGGCUUUCUCAGAAGCAUGUUUCAGACGUCGUCGAUGACAGCAAAGACAACAUCACCAUUUUCACGCGCAUUCUGGACAGGCUGUUGGAUGGCUAUGACAACCGCCUGAGGCCUGGGCUCGGAGACAGUGUAACUGAAGUCAAGACAGAUAUUUACGUGACAAGUUUCGGCCCCGUCUCAGACACAGACAUGGAAUACACCAUUGAUGUCUUUUUCCGGCAAUCCUGGAGAGACGAGAGGCUGAAGUUUGAUGGUCCCAUGAAGAUCCUUCCCCUGAACAACCUGCUGGCCAGUAAGAUCUGGACUCCUGAUACCUUCUUCCACAACGGGAAGAAAUCUGUUGCCCAUAACAUGACAACACCCAACAAGCUGCUGCGCCUGGUGGACAACGGCACGCUCCUGUACACCAUGAGGCUAACCAUUCAUGCAGAGUGCCCCAUGCACCUGGAGGACUUCCCAAUGGAUGUGCACGCAUGCCCGCUGAAAUUUGGGAGCUAUGCUUACACAAAGACAGAGGUAAUCUACACCUGGACACUGGGGAAGGAUAAAUCAGUGGAAGUAGCAAAGGGUGGAUCUCGCCUGAACCAGUACGACCUGCUGGGACAUGUUGUUGGGACAGAGAUGGUUCGAUCCAGCACAGGGGAGUACGUCGUCAUGACCACGCACUUUCACCUCAAGAGGAAGAUCGGGUACUUUGUCAUCCAGACCUACCUGCCCUGCAUCAUGACGGUCAUCCUGUCCCAGGUCUCCUUCUGGCUGAACAGGGAGUCCGUCCCUGCCAGAACAGUUUUUGGUGUCACCACUGUGCUCACCAUGACCACACUAAGCAUCAGCGCAAGAAACUCGUUACCUAAAGUGGCGUACGCGACGGCCAUGGACUGGUUCAUAGCCGUCUGUUAUGCCUUUGUGUUUUCUGCGCUGAUUGAAUUUGCCACUGUCAACUACUUCACCAAGCGCAGCUGGGCUUGGGAUGGCAAGAAGGUGCUGGAGGCCCAGGAGAUGAAGAAAAAAGAACCAGUGGCACUAGCGAAGAAAACCAACAACACCUACAACAUAGUUGGCACCACAUAUGCCCUCAACAUUGCCAAGGACCCUGGCCUGCCCACCAUCUCCAAGAGUGCUGCUGCCACCGCUACUGCCACCAACGUACCCCCCAAGAUGCCCCGCUUAGAGGAGAAGAUCCCAGAGAGUAAGAAGACAUACAACAGUGUCAGCAAGGUAGACAAGAUGUCCCGCAUCGUCUUUCCAGUCCUCUUUGCCAUUUUCAACUUAGUCUACUGGGCCACCUACGUAAACCGGGAGUCAGCUAUCAAAGGAAUGAUCCCCAAACAAUAAAACCAAUCACACAAACCUUCCAUCAGUGAGCACCAUCCAGGCAGGAAUUCUCCAGGGCUUUCUUCUUUCCUGUUUUGUUUAAUUAUUAUUGUUCAUUUGAAAUUAAUACUAUUAUUACUAUUAGACCGUUCUUUUAUAAUGUAAACAAAACUGUGAUUUUAAUUUAAUCCUGUAUACGUUUAUUUUUGUUUUACUUUGAUGAUGAAAGGAAAAGAAAAGGAUCAUAACAAGUUGUGCCUCUGACAUCGUGAGUCUGAUGUCCCCCAUCCGUCCAAGUCACCCUGUGCUUCCAUCCUUCCUCUUCCACCUCCCGCCAUCUGCAUGGUCUGCACAACACUGCCAUCCCAUGCUCCACUCCACUGGGGGCUGCUACUAUUGCCUCCCUCCUCCUCUUCUGUGAUGGACUGCCCUAGCGUGGUGGAUUCUCCUGGUGGCUUGGACUCAAGGACAUGGAGGCCUCCAGAAGCAGUCUGCUGGGCUGCUCUUCAGUGCCCGGGAAUCAGCAGAACCAUGGCAAGGGUGGAACAGGGUGAUAGCACCUUGUAUGUAUCUACAGGGCUUCCUCUUCUCUGCCACCACCCAACCCAGCUGCUGGUUUCCUCCAUGUCUCUUCCCAGAUGAGAACAGGUGAGAAAGUUCUUAUCUGUCAGACAUCCUGUACUCUUGGGGCAAUUCAUGUUAGAGGAUGGGAUGUUUCCUGCCAGAGAAAUAAUUUUUCUCAGGGUCAGUCAGCAACCGAAGUCAAUUCUAAUGCCUUGGAGAGGAUAUAGUAGCUGUGAGGCCACAUGCAUUCAGCGCCAGGACUGGAAGCCAUAGAUAUCAUGUUCAGAUGGGUGAUUUAUCACUUUCUCUUGAUCCACUUCCCCUUCUUGGCAUCUCCAGUGCUCCCCAUUCAUCUUCCUUUGGUUAUUCAGCAACCCUCAGCAAUAUCUCACUGUUUGAAGGGCAAUUUAGGCAUAGAAGCCCAUGCCUCUCAGGGGAGCCUCACCUACAGGGAGGAGCCCAGCCGUGGCACGUCCCAUGGUGCAUUCUUCUCUGAUGCACUAGAGCAGCGGCAGUGUUGAUUCAGGCCCUUUCCUGCCCCAGUGCACCAUGAGCCACCUUGCCAUCUGUGGGGGUGCCUGAGGCUGAAGUUGGUCCCCAAGAACCUGCCUGUCCCCCAUGAAUGCAGCUGACCAUCUUCACUACCCAGGGAGAACAGCAAAAGGCGCUCUUUGAAACAGCAGGGUGAUAUUACUGUCCCAGGGAGAUGUGUGAGUCAGGUGCCACCCCACAAAACUGAGAUGAGACCCAGCUCUAACUCCUGCAAAUUCUUCCAAGAAAAGCCCUCCAGUACCUUCUACUGCCUUUCUGACUACCCCCUCGACCUUCCCCCAGCACAUUUUGGGUCCACGCAGCCCGCCCAGGGACCCGGAACCCCCAGGUUGAUGUCUUCAGCAUUGCUUUGAGCCUCUGCACCUAGCUCAGUUCUCCAUCUGGUGCAUGAACAGGGCUCAUCCCACCUGGAAUAUCCAUGGGGACAGUGCAGGGCAGGGCAGGAUGCUUCGUCCUGUGGUGUACAUGGCAUUGGUGGUGUCCUGCCUGUCCCUUACCUCUGUUGCUGGCUCAAAAGCAGUGCAUGAGGAGAGGAGCUCAGAGUCAUUUGGCUCAGCCCCUGGCGUGGCCCAUCCAUGAGCACAUCCCCACCAGCAGGCAGCAUGGGGCAAGAGACGACACAUUCCCCAAGCCGAUGCUAAGGAAACCACCUCUAUCCCCAGCAUCCGCACCCCAAGUCGCCCAUGACAUUUCUACAGUGCCUUUCAUUCCCAAGGGCUGCGAGGAGGGAGAAGCCCCAGUAUCAGGUUGGAGGAGUGGAGGGAGGGUACACCAUCCCCAGCACUUCUGCUGGACAGGGGGCAUAGCCAUGCUGCUUUCAAGCCACCCAAGCACUGCCCCACACCCAUUGCCCCCCCAGGACCCUCGUGCUCUCCCCAUGCCAGCAUCGUCCUCUCCAGCAGCGAGUGUCACUGCUGCCUCCCCCCAGCUCCCAGGCUCCCCAGCAGUCACUGCUGUGCUAACUGGCCGUGAGGCUGUUUGGUUUGUACUUGGAUGUCAUUUUCUUAAACAAGCUAGAUGAAGUGUAUCUCAUAAAACAUUCAUGUCACUAUAAUACUCAGGCCUAAGUGAAUGAAAUAGAAACCCUAUAAAAAGCAAAACAAACACAAUAAAAUGGUAACAAAGAGUA